UGUGUUCGAGGCAGUUCAAUGCUCGAAUGCGCGUAAGUACGGGAGUAGCCGAGGUAAUGGUGAGAUAAUUUUUUUCAAUCGCAAUUCGGGAUAGCACAUUCUUCCGACUACGAAUAUUCAAUCGAAAGGAAAACUUGAACAGUGUUACACGAGCAGGAUACAGAAACCGUCCAUUCGUAAAAUACUUUAACAAGGCAGUGUUGUAAAAGCGUUGCCCGAGAAAUGCACGUGUUUUUGAUAGAUUCAUAAAGGUGCAAAGAAAAUCCAGCAAGUACAAUUUCAGAAAAUGCUUGACGAAACAAAGGGACGCGGAAGCGACAAUUAAAUUGUUAAGUGACCGACGUUGAUACUCUUUCUUAAUGGAAUCUUUCGAAACGACAACAUCCCGCAAAGUCCAGACGAGGAAAUCUAUCAGUGGAAUGAGAUGUCUGUGCGUCGCGUGCCUUAAAGAUCAUGAUAAUGGCCUGUCCAUGGUACGAAUAUCAGUGUGAUUUAUGUUUCUUAUCGAAUGAAAGACGGUCAUCAGCGUGUCAUGGAGGACGGUGGUCAAGUGCAUUCUGGCAUUCUUCUCGAGGAAACCUUUUAUGUCACGUCCAAGAAAAACACCUACUACAAGGUAAGGUUGACGGAGAAGAACCUCAGCUUAGAGAAAGACAAUAGCGAAACGACGAAGGUUGAAACGAUCGUUCUGAACGACAUAAUAGGAUGCAGAUGUAUGCGCUCGAAACGUAAAAGCGCGGGAAGCUGUGUCUGUGGGCCGGGCACCUCGAGAUCGCAGGUGAAGCUCGUCGAGUCCGUGGAAGCAUUUCAGUGCUACGAUGAAUUCGAUACGUCGGCCUAUCUUUAUAUUUAUGCUUACACUCUACGGAAGGCCCGCAUGAAAGGCGUCAAGAGACGCGUGAGAACGACGGUCACUCUACGAUUUCUCAGCUUUGACAAGUACGAGGAUAAUCUACGAGAGGCUAGCAGGUGGCGAUUAGCCAUCAAAUGUCUCAUUGCUGGCGUGCCCGUGCCUAAAAGUUUUAUGAGCCCUACUCACGAGAACCUUGAAUCAUUGAUCAAUGCUUGCCCUAGCGAGCAACGAAAGCUCCUUGUCUUGCUCAAUCCGAAGUCGGGACCCGGAAGGGGCCGCGAAACGUUCCAGAAGAGGAUCCAUCCGAUUCUGUCGGAAGCGGAGAGGCCUUACGAGGUGCACAUCACCAAGUGUCCCAAUUACGCUCGCGAGUUCGUGCGUACGAGGGACAUUUAUCAAUGGAGCGGGCUGCUGAUGGUCGGGGGCGACGGUAUCGUGUUCGAGGUAGUGAAUGGCCUUUUUCAAAGGCCCGAUUGGGAAAAGGCCCUCAGGGAAUUGCCCCUCGGCGUGAUACCGUGCGGCUCCGGGAACGGGUUGGCGAAAUCCAUCGCGUACGCCAAACAGGAGCCGUACGAUUACAACCCCCUUCUGGUCAGCGCCCUGUCCGUGGUGAAGUCCAAGAAAGCGCAAAUGGACUUGGUGCGCGUCGAGACCAGGAACCAAAUUCUAUUUUCGUUUCUGUCUGUUGGCUGGGGGCUGCUCGCUGACAUUGAUAUUGAAAGCGAACGUUUGCGUGCCAUCGGUGGCCAAAGGUUCACCGUGUGGAGCGUCGCGCGUCUCAUAGGGUUAAGAACAUACAAAGGCAAAGUGUCGUAUCUGCCAUGCGAUAGAGUACCGUCCGUUGAAAAUUUAGGCAAUGGCAAGACCUAUAACGAAUACACCAAGGAGACACAAAUAUCGCACUCCAGGAGCUACGGGGACGACUUGGAUCGGUGUAGCAAGAUUAGCGAAUCGAAAAGUUUCCACGACGCACUCGACGGGGACGCUGCCAUUUUGGAUGCAUCUUUCGAUGGCUGUGAAGAUAGCGAAAUCAUAAGUGAAAGUAUUACUCUAGAAACAGAAACAGAGAGAAGACACAGGCUAGAUAGCUUUUAUUCAGCGACCUCCGCGAGGUCGACUUACUAUAGUACGGGUUCAAUUUCUAGUUACCAUAGCGUUGACGAGCCCGAUAACGGGGAAGUUGAUGCAGAAAACAACGUUAACCAAAUUAUGUACGGUCCGUCGUCGAGGUUGCCUGCUUUGACCACAGAUUUAUCAAGUUCCUGGACACAAAUUCAGGGAGAGUUUGUGAUGGUCCACGCGGCAUAUCAGUCACACUUGGGCCAGGAUUAUUUCUUCGCGCCUCGUGCCAAAUUGGCGGAUGGUCUUAUUUGGCUCAUAAUAGUUAAAGCCGGAAUCACUCGAGCCACUUUACUCCAGUUCCUGUUGGGUUUAAGUAGUGGUACACAUCUGACACGUUCUGGCAUCGACAUGAUACCCGUAAAGGCAUUUCGAAUAGAACCGGAGGAAGGCGUGAAUGGUCACAUAACUGUGGAUGGAGAAAGAGUAGACUAUGGACCCUUGCAAGCCGAGAUAUAUCCGUCUUUAGCAACAGUAAUGUCUCCCUGAUACAAAUGGCAGUCAACUUUGUAAAGAACUAGCAAUGGAAUCAAAUGGUACAAUCCUAGAAGUUCAAUUAUAUGGUAGCAGCAUGGUCCAGGCGACAAUACUGUAUUAAUACAUUAAUGUACAUUCGGUGUUGGUACUUUAGUCCAAAAUCGUGAUAGGUGUAUAUUUAUAGACUGUGAAAUUUUGAAAAAUACCAUUCCAUACGAUGUAUUCGAGUAUCUUUUAUUUAACAAAGUCGAGAGCGUAACAUAGUUUGUAUAAACUCAAUUGUUAUUUCAUAGAGUUUUAAUAUUUAUAUAAUAUUGUUCAAUAGUGCUCGUUAACUAGUGAUCUUCAAUUACAUUCGUUAGCCUAAGAUGUACGUUUUGGACAGUUCCCUGUAUAACGCACAAUAGUCUAACUUUAAAUAUUCCACAGGCUUCGUGCUAGUUAGCAAGUACUAUUGUUAAGCUUAUAGCAAAGGCUCGAAAUGUAUAUUUUCCUUCCUGUUAUUUACCAAAAAGAAACCUUCGAAUUUGUCAAGCCGAUAAUCAAUUUUUUUAUUCGUUUUCUGGUGCAUUGUAUUUCUAAAACAAUUUUAUAGCGUUAACAUGUUGUCGCUUCCAAUAUCAGCACAUCGCAAGGACUAAAAUAUAUAAGCCGGAAACGUUUAACUUUGUACAAAUAUUCUGAUUUUCUAGCUCGAAUGCGUUUUAUCGACCAGUGGAUUGUAUUUGUCGUGUACAACGUUAGAAUUGUUGGCUCAUGACGAAGUAUAAAUUGCUGGUUGUAAGGUAAUUUAUUAGUGAACCGCGUUGGUCUAGUCUUGGUGUUUUCUACAAUAUUCUGUACGCAUUGAUGCUCAAAGUAAACUGAAGAUUGCUUGUUGGUACCCUGAUAAACAUGUCAUGGAAUGAUGCCCUUAUGAUGCAGGGAGUGGUGGGCAAUCGAUAAAAUGGACAAGUCCCUCUCAUUGGUUGAAGCUAUGACUAAUCUCUGGUAUUGACUUUUGAUAAGGGUUCUCUUAGGCCCAAACACUUGGGCCUACUUUAAAUCUUAUAUUGCGUUGCGAUGCACAGUAUUGUCACACUUGGUCCAACGUCAGCGAUACAGUAUUGAUUUCACAGCAAUGGCGCUCAAAUUUUAUACAUUGGUCGAAACGCAUUUAAGUUAGAGUUCACCAGCUUCUCGUCUUAUGCUCAUAUUUGAAGUAUUUUUUCAGAAUACCGUGAACUACUUUAUCUGACAUAAGAACAUAUCACGUUUGUUAAAGUAGUAUGCGAAACGUUAAAGAUGUCACCUAAUCGUAAGCGCAUGGUUGUUACCUUGAAGAGAAUUUGUAAAUAAAAGAACGAUUAAACACGAGAAACUGUUUGAUAUUGUAUUACAGAAAUAUAGAGAUAAUAUUAUAGUAAGAUAAUUGCAAAGUUAUCUUAUAUUGUUAUUGAAUUGCGCUUUCAUAUUGAGGGGAAUAACUUGCGAAGUAAACUCGUCGGUGUUCUUUACCUUGACAGAUACGUUUGACAAAGAGUCGAUAAAUUUUCGUUCAAUAUGUGCAUAUGUAAUAAUUAUAAUUUGUACAAAUUAGAUCGUUUAUAGUUACGGCGUUGUAAAUCUGUGCCAAGGGAUAUAUGUAAAGAUUAUUAUGUAUUACUAAGAUGAUUUUCUAAUUUUUAUUUCAUUCAUGCCAAAUCUUAUAUUUAUACCUACCUUAAAUAUUUCAAGCACCGUCAUAUAUGCUCGUAUAUUUUUUACAUUUAAAAGAUUAUAGUUUUAACAAGUUACAGAAACCAAUUACGUAUAUUUAUGGUUUUAAUUUGUAUGCGAUACAUCAUAAAUCGAAGUGUUUUAUACAAAUCUAUUUGUAAAUAAAUACUGGUUUUUUUUUUAAACACAAGAAAAUUACAGUAAUAUCGUUAAUAAGAAUUGUAUGGAAAAAAAAUAUUCGGCCAGCCCUAUUUAUUGUUCUCAAGCAAUCACAGAAAGUGCAACUAAUAAGUCUUCUUUGAUACUCGUGAAGAAAGCCAAGUUGAAUUAUUCAUAAGGAAAUAUUGUAAAUUCAAUCUGUAUACGAGUUUAUGUGAUAUGUAUUUAAUUUACGGCAUUGUAAAAAAUUAGAAUUAUUUAAUUAAAAAAAAUGUUUAAUGGCACAACUUGUUUAAAAGAUACUGUAGUGCCGCUUAAUGUGAAACUUAUUUAUCAUCCUUGGAAUCCAAAUGUACAUACAUAUAUAUAUCAUAAACUUUUAUUAUUCUGCUAUUUUCAGCAGAAAUAACUGUUAAUGUUUUUGAGAACAAUUCUUUCGUUAAUGUUGACUUUAAUAAAACUUAUUUAGAAUGAUACUGAUUAUAGAUGAUAAUAAAUUUGUUUACGUAAAGAGAUUAUUAUUCCGUGAUAUUAGGGUGCCCUAGAAAAUA